GCGCACGUGUCGCGGCAGCUCAGGCUGCGGCGGAGAAGGUAUACAACGGUGCCAGCACUCAUGGCCGGUCCCCUGUGGCGGGCUGCAGCAUUUGUGCAGAGACACAGGACAGGCCUGUUGGUGGGUUCCUGUGCAGGGCUGUUCGGGGCCCAGAUCUCAUACCACCUCUUCCCAGAUCCCGUGAUCCAGUGGCUGUACCGAUACUGGCCUCAGGGCCAACCAGCCCCACUCUCCUCAGAGCUGGGGGGACUCUUCCAAGAGGUGCUCCAGGACAUCGGGGUCCCCUCAGGCCACAGCUACGAGGCUUUCACCACGUUCACCUUCCAGCCCGUGAGUGCUGGCUUCCCGCGACUCCCUGCGGGGGCUGUAGUGGGCAUCCCAGCCACCUUCCUGGGGAGAACAUUGACCAACACCGAUCACCCAGUGGUGGUGCACGGGCAAAGAGUGAACUGGCAAAGCCCAGCAGGCACCCGGCUGAGAGAUGCCUUGACCCUGUCCCAUGAGGCCCAGAAGUUUGCCUUGGCCAAGGAAGUGGUAUACCUGGAGAGCGGUGCAGCCGUCCUCCAGGCCCUGCCAGCCCCAGCUUGCCUAGCAGGAACCUGGACCCUGGGCGUGGGUGCCAAGCAUGCACUGGGGCUCUACGGAGGCCCCAUGAAUUUACGGGCGGCCUUCAACCUGGUGGCAGCAGUGGUGGGCUUCGUGGCCUAUGCCUUCUCCACGGACUCUCUCACUCAUGCCCUGGAAGGCUGGCUGGACCGUCGCACAGCUGCACUGUCUGCAGCCUAUGCCCGAGGGGGCGUGGAGUUCUAUGAGAAGAUUUUGUCGGGCAACGUAGCCCUGCGCAGUGUCUUGGGCAGUCACGGAGAGAAGCUGUAUACGCCCAGCGGGAACAUCGUUCCCAGACACUGGUUCCGCAUCAAACAUUUACCCUACACGACCCGCCGGGACUCCGUGCUGCAGAUGUGGAGGGCAGCACUCACCGCGGGCCGUUCCUGAGGGUCUCAUCACAAGGAUGGAUGGGGCUCAUGCAGACACCACCCUGCUGUUGACUCUGGGGGCUCUUGGUGCCUCCGGCCCCAGAACCCAGUGUCAAAUGAAUCAGAGACUCUGAAACGAAACAGCCUAGAUUCUACCCCUGUCCAUGAUUCCAGUGACCUUGGGCGAGUCCCUUUUGAAUCUGAGCCUCCGUUUACUCCGCUGUAAAAUGGGGGUAUUUGUAAAUCACCUGGCAGGAUUUGGGGGUUGUGUGAGCUAUGAACAAAAGGGCCUGGCCAAGAGGACACGCCAUCAAUGAUGGGAUGUCCCUCCUUGUUCUUAGAAUUCCAGCAGGCUGUGGGAGUCAGGCCACAUCUCCCCACCAGCAGUGCUUAUAGGACGGGAACACUUUCCUACAGUGAAGAACCACCAUGUAGUUCACCUGGUGGUCUCAUCUCACUUCCUUCCACCAUUGGAGAAAGUAAAGCUUUUAGAGGCCCAGGUGAGAAGCUAGCAUGGCCCUGAGAGGCUAGGAGAGGGAGCUUGAGGUGGGAUUUCAGAGCAGGUUUACCCAGGCCUGAUGGCAUGCUCAGACAGAGCCCCUUGGCCUGAAAGGGAGAGAAAGCGUUGCUGGAACCUGGCAAGACCUGUGGCAUGGGAGACUUGGCAGGAACUCUGGCCAGAGGAAGAAGAAGGAACGAACCAUUGCAAAACCAAGGCCUUGCAGGGAGGGCACCUGUUGAUGUAGUCCAGAGCAUGGCCAGUACCUGGAGAGGAGAGGAACUGGGGGGUUCCGAGGGGGAUGGCAGGGAGGAAGCAGGGUGGAGGUGGGUGAGAUGGACUGGGCCCAGUGUCACACCCGUAGCCCAGGGGAAUGCUGCACCCUUACUCUGUUCGUUUCCUUCAAGGCUUCCUGGUGGCAGGUAGAUCAGACCCCACUUUUAAUCCCUGGAUGGGAGACCCCUUCCCAGGGAAGGUAAGAGCAGCUGUGGCCAGAAAGCCAGACUCACUUGGCCAUUCAUGUAUUUUUAUUGCCAAUUGUGUUUUCCCCGGAAGAAUGGAAGCAUUCAGGCCUGGCGCCGGUGUAAUUCAGGGUGAAGAGACGGGGCCACUCCUAGGGAAGGGCACAGUGCAGUACCAGGAAGCC